UGAUGUUCCGUUAAGAAAUGCAUUUGUUUGGGCUGAGUGGAACUUCUUUUUUGCAGUAAUGGGUUAUUAUAAUUUUCCACUAGUAAGUGAUUGGGAGAAAAGUUAUGGCCCUCAUCAACUUGAAAGGCCAUGCUUUUUCUACCUUUGGAUGAAAAGAAGAAUUGGUUUCUUUGGUGGUUUUUACAGGUACAACAAAGGUGAAUUUGUGGCCGUCUGAUCAUCGGAUUCCACGGUUUAUCAAAUUCAGACAUCUUGAAGUGAAGCAGCAGUUAGUGUCUUCUUCACUCAUAUCUACUUUAGUAUAUACUUUAUAGAGUUAAAACCAUAUCUUAUCUGAUGUAUCAUCUUUUGUAAUGUUUCAACUAAAUGGCUGUCUUUUCAUAUCAUUUUUGGUUUUGUGGAAAUACAUGCAUUGAGCACCAGGCAAUUCCGUAUGGAUUGUUGACACGAUGUAUCGACAAUCACUUCUGUUAUUUAACUUCUCGGUUUGGUCAAAAAACCUCCAUGCCUGAAAAACAGAAGCUACCAUGGGUACAUUUGUAGGACAUUUGGUGCCAGGUCUGGCACUGACCCUUCUUGGCCUAUGGCACACCAUCAACAAUAUCAAAGCCUAUUGUCUCAAAGGGUCUACCAAAUUUACAGUAAGGUUUUGGUACCCAUUCAAUGGCCCUUUUUCUAGAUUCAAACACCUGGAGCUGAUUUUUAUCUUAUCUUUUUCCCUGUUAGCAAUUUUCAUGCAAGUUUUAGACUUGCCUUUCCUUCGAUUCCCUUUCGAACUCGACGGUUUCGAGCAUGCUAGCAUAUUUCUCCAUCUUGCUAUAUUUGCAGGUUUCACACUUUCUGCUGAAUUAACUCGGUCUUCCGAGAUUCUAUCGGUUGUUUCGGGAAUCCUUGUGGCUUCUGUUUUUGGUCAAGAGGUGUUCUUACUCCAUUUUCACUCAGCUGAUCAUGUUGGACUCGAAGGCCAUUACCACUGGCUAUUGCAGCUUAUAGUGCUAAUCUCCCUUCUAGCAUCUUUAACAGUAAUGUUCCUACCGAGUAGCUUGUCCGCAGCUCUUGUUCUUUCAGUUUCCGUUGUAUUCCAAGGUUGUUGGUUCAUGAAUAUGGGGUUCAUGCUAUGGUGUCCAAAGUUCAUUCCUCGAGGAUGUAUAAUGCAGGCCGAAAUGAGGAGUGACAGCAUGCAUGGAGCGGUGACAUGUUACUCGCACGAAGACGAUUUUAGGGCUAGAGCAUUGGCUAACAUGCAAUUCAGUUGGAUACUCUCUGCUAUCUUUAUAUUCACAGGGUUCACCAGCCUCAAAUUUGCUGGAAAAUGUACCCCAAGGGCACAAUCAACCGAAUACGAGCAACUCGAAAUUAGAACCAGUGAUGUCCCUAUAACUAUUGAUACCUUCAAGAGCUGAUGAUCCCUAGGUCUUGUAAUCAAUAACAAAGAAAUUGGACAAGAAUGGCUAAUAUUAAACAUUGCUGAAUAAUGUUAUGCAUAUUCUAUAAAUAUUGAUUUCCCUCACAGUAGCUUUCCAUUUUGGAUGUUAUUAGAUAUCAAUGCUAAAUUUUCUUACAAGCCAAUGAACUUACAACACAUAUAAAACAACCAAAGUUCCACAUAAAGUAAAAGUACAAAUUUUGGGGCAAUGAAAACAAGUUAUGUCUUAAAAUUCUCUUACUCAGCCUCUUCCAAA